ACGCCUUCACCUGUCCAGCAGCUUCCUUCUGUUCUUUCUUUAUUCCUCCUUACACCUAAUGCCUUCUCUUUUCUAAGUUGUCUCCCUCGAUCUCCUCUCCUCUCUGUCUCGCAUAUGCCCAACUUUCCAUUUUUUUCUUCUCUUCGUCUCACAGGCACUCGAGAGUGAAGAAUCAAAAGGGAGCUACCGAACAGAAAAUGCAGAUCGAGGCUACGAGGCCGUGUUGCAGAGAAGAAGAAAAUAAGAAGAUGGUGAAAUAAGGAGAAGAGGUUGAGAAGCCGUUUUACUCGCGAGCCGGGUGAGCCGAGUGCCCGAUAAGACACUUGGCUCGUCAAAAAAUCAAGCUCGAGCUCGAGCUGGACAUAAUUUUAUUUUUCGCGAGUCGAGCCAAGCUCUAUAUCUAAUAUCUAAUACCCGUCACGCGGAUCGAGCUCAUAAAUUUUCUCAACUAGCCGAGCUUGGACAACCACUACUCAUUCGAGCUUGGCUCGUAUACAUGCCUACUUGGAUCCUCUCCAGGCUCCAGUUGGUUGUACCUAAGGAUAUUUUGAUAAUUUCACAUUGUGUAGAGAUCCUAAUUCCCUGUUUAUAUACACUUGCAGACUGCUCUACUGUUCCUAACAAGAACCCAUUACACACCCUUUUUCCCUUUUCAUCUCUGUGAACAUGGAGAAGGUUAUAGUCCUAUACCCAUCUCCAGGCAGAGGCCACCUAAUCGCCAUGGUAGAGCUUGGGAAGCUCAUACUGAAACAUCACCCAUCUUUCUCCAUCACAAUCCUCGUCUUAAACACACAAAACACAGAUUCUGCGUCCACCGCCCAAUACGUAGCCAGCUCUACCGCCCAAUACAUGGCCGCCGUGAAAGCCACCACCCCAUCGAUCACCUUCCUCCGUCUUCCCCCCAUCCUCGACGUCCCUUCUACUCCUUCCCCAUUAGAAUUAUUGUACUUAUUCCCACGCCUCAACAACCCAAAUGUCCACCAAACCCUCCAAACCAUCUCCCAGACCUCCGAACUCAAAGCCUUUGUCAUUGAUUUCUUCUGCGAUGCUGCUUUCGAAGUGGCCGCAAACCUUAGCAUCCCCACCUACUAUUUCUACACCUCUAGCGCAAGCAGUCUAACCGCCUUUCUGUAUUUCCCUACUCUCCAUAAAAACCUGGAUAAAAGCUUUAAAGAUCUCAAUGAUAUGCCUCUUGAUAUUCCCGGCAUACCUUCUAUCCCGGCUUCAGUCAUGCCGGAAGGUAUUUCAGAUCGCAGUUCUAAACUUUAUGAGUAUUUCUUGAACACAGCAACCUACAUGGCCAAAUCAAAUGGACUUAUGGUGAACACCUUUGAGCUGCUCGAGAGAAAAGCGUUCAAGGCAUUAUCGGAUGGACUAUGUGUUCCAGACGGACCAACCCCGCCAAUAUUCUGUAUUGGACCUUUGAUAGCAAGCGGCAACCAGAAUGGAGAUGAUCAGCACGAGUGUUUGAAUUGGCUAAACUCGCAACCGAGUCAAAGCGUUGUGUUUCUGUGUUUCGGAAGCAUGGGAUUGUUUUCGGCGAAACAGUUGAGAGAAAUGGCAAUAGGAUUAGAAAACAGUGGUCAGAGAUUCAUGUGGGUGGUGAGAAAUCCACCGUGCGAUAACAACAAAGAGCCAAAUUUGGAUGAGUUAUUGCCGCAAGGUUUCUUGGAAAGGACCAAGGAUAGGGGUUUUGUGGUUAAGCAAUGGGCUCCACAGGUGGCAGUACUGAGUCAUGACUCCGUGGGCGGGUUCGUGACUCACUGCGGGUGGAACUCAGUGCUUGAAGCGGUCUGUGGCGGCGUCCCGAUGGUUGCUUGGCCAUUGUAUGCGGAGCAAAAGAUGAACAGGUCAGUAUUGGUUAAGGAGUUGAAGGUGGCGUUGGCACUGAACGAGUCGAAAGACGGGUCAGUGAGUGCGGCCGAGUUGGAGAAGCGAGUGAGAGAGUUAAUGGACUCGGAAGCAGGGAAAGAUGUCAGAGACAGGGUUUCAGCCAUGAGAGAUGACGCUAUGACAGCCGUGAAGGAGGGGGGGUCCUCUCAUGUUGCAUUGGCCAAGUUGUCUGAGUUCUUCGUUUAAGACGAUGUGCUAGGCUCACCGGCGCGCGUCAUACAUCUUCUACAUUAAUUUGUUGUACGUUGUACUAAUUACUACGUUCAUAAUUUGUCUCGUCCUCUCAAGUCUCAACUGUCAGCUUACCCUCGAUUUGAAUUCUGUCAUUCAGCCAUGUGAACGGUAAAAUUAUUUUUUUAUAAUUUUAUUGUCAGUUAUUACUUA